CUCCUUCUUCUUUUCUCUCCUCCCUCUCUCACGCUUCCUCUUUCCUUCCUCUGUCUCCUCGCUGUUCGCAGCAAAUCCGUUGACUGGAUCACGGCUUCGGUGAGAAUUAUUUGAAUAUUUUUAGCCUCUGUCGGGACUCUCUCCGGGUACUGUUGAGCAUACAUACAUCCAUCAUCAUCAUCCCCUUCUUCACCUAGCUCGGCUCCGAAUAUCGGAGCGACGGAAGUGACUCAACUAACCCUCUCUCCAGAGCUAGCUAGGCACCGUAUCUAUACACAACUCCGCACCAGUCGGCUUAUUGGUUUGAGCAAGAGCUGGGCAAGCAGCAUAAUGACAGUCUCUAACGCUCAACCGCACCCGAAGAUCGAUAAACGAGAUUUUGAUGCCAAUCGUCACAUACAGAAUGGGAACGACUCAUUUCCCCAGGAGGAUCAUGCCUUGCUUCAUUCGCGACCCGAGUCCAGCCUUUCCACAGGCAAUCGAUAUAGUGAGAACGAGGAGGGGCUGCUGAAUGAUGUGGUGGAGGAGAUUGUGGAAAGAGAUCGGCGCAAGAUGGCGAGAGAAGUGGUGCGAAUCGGUAGCUUUAUCUGGGGAGUGAUAACCUGUCUCGGCGCUGGAAGCAUCACUGCCUUUUCCCUUUACGGGCCCCUACUCCUGACCCGUCUACACUAUACUCAGCUACGGGUGAAUGAGGUUUCCAUUGCUGCAGAGAUUGCAAUGUAUCUCCCAGUGCCGGUAGCUGGAUACCUUUGCGAUCGAUAUACACCAUCGCCGCUCGCUUUGUUCUCCGGGAUUACCUUCGGUUUCGGAUAUCUCCUUGCUGCAUUCACCUACAAGAGUGGACCACCUGCUGACGCUGGCGGAGACGGGUGGCCCUUUUGGGUGAUGAUUGUGGCGUUUGUUGCGAUUGGAGUUGCUACGUGCUUCAUGUAUUUGGCAGCGGUGACAACUUGCGCGAAGAACUUCGGUAGGGGCCAGUAUAGGGGCGUUAUGCUAGCUGUGCCUAUUGCUGCCUUUGGUCUUAGCGGCAUGUGGCAGAGUCAGGUGGGAACAUACCUUCUUUGCGAACGGCUGGAAGACGCCAGCGGUGGCGACGUUGACGUGUACAAAUACUUUGUAUUUCUUGCAGUCUUGCUUUUAGGAAUCGGCAUUAUCGGCACUUUUGCAUUGAGGAUUGUGGACGAGGAAGAGGAAAAGUACAUCGACGAAGCGGUCGAGGAGCUCGAGCGAAGCGGCCUGUUAACAGAAAGCGAAUUCUUCCAGCCACACGGCGAUACAUAUGGAACUUUUUCUCAGGGCGAGCCCGAUGAUGACCUAUCGCUAAGCCAAUCGGAGGCAAGACGGGAAGAGGCAAGGCGCGAGAAGGAGAGAGAGGAGGAGGAGCGCAGGAAGAAGAACUGGCUAUUGAAUUAUGAAACAAGGAGCUUUCUCGCAGACCAUACGAUGUGGUGGCUUGCGCUGGGCUUCUUUUUAGUGACUGGGCCCGGGGAGGCCUAUCUGAAUAAUCUAGGAACCAUUGUCCAGACACUCAACUCGGACUCGAGCAUUCCGGAUCACACCCAUCCAGCCGGUCUCCCAUCUACGCACGUCAGCAUUAUUGCUCUCACCUCAACUUUAGCCCGCCUCCUGACAGGCUCCCUCUCCGAUAUCUUUGCCCCCCGAGCCACACCCAACCACUUCCCACCCUCUGAUGACGCCGAAACCUCCCCCUCGCAACGACAACAGCAGCAGCAGCAGCAGCAGCAGCAACAACAGGACGUAAAAAAAUGCCCCACCUUUUCUCGCCUUGCUUUCCUGAUCCCAUCCGCCCUCCUUCUCUCCGCGGGGUUCCUCCUCCUCGCCACCCCACUCCCCAUGCACCACCCUGAACUCUCGCACCUGACCACCGCCCUCGUCGGCCUUGGUUACGGCAGCGCCUUCUCGCUCGUCCCCAUCAUCAUUUCUGUCGUCUGGGGCGUCGAGAACUUCGGCACAAACUGGGGCAUCGUCGCCAUGGUGCCUGCCGUCGGCGCCGCAAUGUGGGGUAUUAUCUAUUCGCACGGGUACCAGCAUGCUGCGGACCACGGGGAUCCAGGUAUUCCAGAAGAUGGACAGUGCCAUGGCUGGGGGUGUUUUGGACUUUGGGCUGUGGGUUGUACGGUUAGUGUGUGGGUGGCCGUUGGGGCUUGGGUUGUAGCUUGGUGGUCCUGGAGGAAGAGAGGUGUUGUUGUUUAAUCCUCUCCUCUCCUAUUUUUUUUUUUUUUUCCUUGUUCGUUAAUUUCCAGGCGAGUUGGUUAGAGACGGGCAUUGUUUAUUUUUGUUAUAUAUAGCGAGCUGCUUCUUUUGUAUCUUAUUCAAAGUUGCAUAGUGGGUAGGUAGUUGGGAUAUACUGAUGAAUUAAUUGGGUAGUUAGUCUAUUGACUAGGAUUCUGGCAUGACAAGUACCUGGGGGUAGGUAGUGAUCAACUAUGUAAAGGUAAAGGUUAGGUAUAUCAU